UCAAUGGAUGCGCAUACUGUCACAUAACAAUAUAUAUAUAUAGAUAUAUUUAUUAUGUUAGACUAUCGAUAUAACCUAUAUUUGUAAAAAUGACGUAUAUUUGCACCUACUUGUUAAAGAGCUUUUUAAAAUAAAUUUUAUUUAAAUAGUAUUGAAAUAUUAAAUAUUAUUAAAUUGGCACAAAAAAUUAUAAUUAGUGAUAAUAAAAUCAUGAAGAGUGAUUUGGAAACAUCUGUCAAAAACGACAACUCUGAAUUAUCAGCUGUGGUUGGCGCAUUGUUAGAUACAUUAAAUGACAAAAAUGAACAAGUUAAUGGAGCCGUGCACGAAGCAAUUAAACAAAUAUCUCAUCGUAAUCCAGAGACUGUGAUUCAUGCUUGUAUUUAUUACUUUGAACUCCAUCGAAAAAUAUCAACGACUCACACAAUUUCUAUUCUAACAAUAAUGAUUGAAACUCUUCGAGAUCAAACAGCAGAAUUAUCAGAUGAUUUAGCAGAUUCCGUGGCAGAAUUAGCUAUCAAGAAAUUGAUCCCAGACUACGAAAAAGAAGCAUCAGAAUUAUUAGUAGCACUGAGUAGAUUAUAUUGUAAUCAAGCGAUGGGAAGUCUGUUGAAUAAAUUAGAACCUGGAGUCAUUCCACCAUGUUCAACUUUACGUGCCAUGGGACUCGUUGCUUCAUGUAAUCCUUUUGGAAUGGUGCCUUUCAUGAAGCUUACGUUAAGUUUCAUUCUUCCGAUGUUACCUCAAGUACAAGAGGAAGAACAAAAAAUAACGUUUUGUUUUCUUUUUGGAAAAUUUGCUGAAGCUAUCAACGACUACAUUGUCAAUUUAGACGAAGCGCCUGAUUCUAGAAUAGGAAAAGAAACAUUUUAUGAUGAAAUGUUAGCUGCUUCUGAAUAUUUUAUAAAUAGCUGGUUAAAACUACAAAAAAGCAUAAUCAUGGUUAAAAGUAUUUUAUCAGCAUUAUGUCCAAUUUUACCUCUUUUACCUGAAGAAGAUGCUGGGUUACGAAUGGGAAGACUAAUUCCACUUCUAUUAAAUUUUUGUAAAAAUCCUAUGACUCGUUUAUCAUCGACAAGACUUAUAGCAUUAAUGCUGGUAAAUUGUACCAAAAAUACUGAAGACAAAGAAGUUUUACGUCCGUUUAUUGAUCCUAUUCAGCAAGUACUCUUUGAAUUAGUAAAUGUUACACCAUUCGAAGCUUUCAGAGAUGCUCUUUUAACUCACUACGAAGUUCUUCAAUGCUAUCGAGCUCUAGUAAUUUUAUUUCCUGAGGAAGGCCUUGAUAAAAUUCUUCAACAUCUUAGAUCUCCAGCUAAUUUACAACGAUCUCGUGCUUUAGUCGUUGUACGGCAUCUAAUCAACACUCUACCAUCCGAAGAUGACGUUUCUCUUCAGCGAAUUGCUUUGAGUAUUCAAAAUAUUUUAGGAGAUUCAAAUCUUAAACAAAUGGUUGGACCGGUUAUUUCACUUGUUGCCCAUCCAACUCUCUCUUUAUUACCAUCUCAAAGAAUCGCUCUUGUUAAAUUCAUUGUUUUAAGAUGUGGAACAAUGAAUGAAGAGACCCAAGCUUAUGAAGAAGCUCUUUUUUUGCUUGCUACAACAGUUGAUGGAGCUGAAAACUGGUUGUGGGCAUCACUAUUAAAAGUUUUACUUGAUUCUACCUAUAUUUCCUCAUCAGUUCCAGUUCUUCGAGCUCUUACUGUUCUUGCAAUAAAGAUAAUGCAUAGUGAAGGCUCUGAAAGUUCAUCUAAUACUUUUAAAGAAUUUUCAGGAACAAAAAUAUUAGCACGAUGUUUAGAAUUAUCAGGUAUAGAAAAGAAUCGAUUAGCUGUUAUUAAUUUUUUACGUUCAUCAGCAUCUCUUUUUGGACAUCAACUAAAACCUGAGUGGAACAAACGUCUUUUAGAUCUGUCCAAAAUUCUGGAUAAUUCCACAAAUAAUAAUGAACCAUUAGAGAAUGAGUUAAUAUGGGAACAAGAAAUGGUAGACUUUUUAGAGAAGAGUGUGCAAUUAGAAGGAAGUGAUUGGGCAGCUAAAUUAUCCAAAGAAUUAGCUGGAGUAAUAUCAUCUCCAGGAGUUCCUAUUUAUCUAGGAGCUGUAACAGAUAAUGAAGAGCAUUUAACACUUCUGAUUCAUUUAUCUAGAAGUUACCCAUUUAAUGGAGAAUAUUCUCGUGCAGUUGGAAUUGUUUCUAAACGUCAUCUGCAACCUGUAAUCAAUCUUAUGGAAGCUGCAUGUGAAGCCGAAGAUAGUAGAAAAAAUCCUACAAAACUUCUAGGACUAAUGAAAGAUUCAAAAGCUGCUGCAACUGCUGAAGCAUCAAAAGCAAGCUUACUACGAUGUUAUGGUGAGAUUUUUAAUAAAAGUAAUAUCAGUGAGAUUUAUCCUUCGAUCGAAAAGAAUAUUUUGACAUGGAUCAUGAAACAAGUAAUUGAUUGUAAAGAAAUAACUAGUAAAGAAGCUGGUUUAUCUGCUUUGGAACAAUUGGCAGAAGCUGUACAUCCUGAAAAACUGGAUAAUUCACUAGGAUUAAAAAGCAAAGGACAUUGUUUAGCUAAACUACUUACUCUUCUACAAACCCAUGCAGGAUAUCGACCAAUCCAAUUAUAUCCGCAAUUACUUAAAACAAUUAGUUCUCUUUUAAAAAUUCCACCGGAAUUAACUGAUGAAGAGAAUCAAGUUUUAUUACGCACAAUUGUAGAUAAAAUUUUGGGAGCUAGUUCCGAAAUGAAUAUUAUUCUUAAGAAUGAAAAUGAACACAAAGUUAUCUGCGAACUUGGAGAAAUUUGUAGUGAAAUUAUAAGUGAUUCAUCAAAUGCUUUAGCUGAACUUGUAGAUAGUUUAAUACCUUGGAUGCAAUCUAAAUUACUGAUUGAAAGAAAAAUAACAUUAAUGGUUCUAUGUACAACGCUUAAGUCGUAUCACAAUGCAUUAAAAUAUACAUUCCCAGGCGGAAAGUUGGAACCUGGUAAACUUCUUGGUAGAAUAAUUUGUUGGUCAGCUGAUAACGAACGACCUCUCAGGUCGAUUAUCGUUGAUGCUGUGAUCUUAACAUUAGAAAUUGUUACAAAACAUCGCUCAACAACUCCAGAUAAUAAAUUGAGCAAAGAUCUAAAUAAAGCAAAAUCAAUUUUAUUAACUGAAGAACCGCCUCAAGAUAUUUAUAAUGGAGUAAAAAUACUUUCUCGUAUCGUUUGUCAACAAAUUGCAAGUGAUGAGAUAAUUAGUCUUGCUGAAGGACUAGUUGAAGGUCUUUUGUUCCGGGAAGAAAGUAGUUUGGCUGGAGCAAUAGCUUUAAAACAACUUUUUAAAAUUCGUGGAGCUGAAAUACCUCGUUCUGAUCUUUAUUUAAUUGACAAUAUAGUUGGACAAAUGAGACAGAUGGAAAAUUCCAGUUCUAGACUUUUAGCAGCAUCUGCGGUAAAAUCUUUAAUAAUUCAUCAUCCAGAAGAAGUAAUGGAACAUCUUCUUCAUCAGCCUUUACCUCCAGAUAGAGAAACAGAAGAAUGUUGGAGACAAAUUGGUAAUAGUGAAGAAUUUGGAAUUAUGGCUAUUGAUUUCAUUAUUAAUCGACUUGAAAAUAAUCAUCUCUUUUCUCAAGUAUCUCCAACAACUCGUGGAAUAAAUGAUAAAAAUUCUACAGCUUCUCUAGCUUCACUUUCGGGAAUCAUUGCUCUCCGUCAUCUUCUUCAAGCUUCACAGGCAGAAGUGUUGAUAAAAAAGAGAUUAGUUGAAUUAAUUACUAUUUUGAUUAAAUUUCUAUCUGGAUGGGUCCAUGCUGAUGCUCCAAUUUCAGUACUCAGUACAAAAUUUGGUUUUGUUCCUAAUCGGCAAGCCUGUAAAAUAAAUCCGUAUCGGGAAGUUUAUGCAGUUUUAGCCAACUUGUUGACUGCUAUUAACAUGACUGAAGCAUCUAGCAUUCCAAAUGAUGUAGCUGAUUCAGACCUUCAACCUUGUGAAAGUUUAAUCUCUACAAUUCGAUUGGUAAUUCGUUGUUUAUUAGAACAGUAUAAAGAAUUACUAACUAAUAUUGCUCAAUCUCUAGGCAAAUUAGUUACUAGUCAAAUUUAUACACAACGAGCUGCAGUUAUAGUAUUUUAUUCUGAAUUAAUUGGCAAAGUUGAUUGUGGAACAGUUUGGCUAGAUGUCGUAAUGAAUAUUUUAUUAGAAGCAAAAACAGAUUCUUCGUAUCUUGUAAGAAAAUUUUCUAUUAUAGGCCUUGGCAAGAUUCACACUCUUGAACCUAAACAACGAAAUGAGUAUUUAGAAAAUUGCAUUACAGCCUUAUUAGAUGGUCUAGAAGAACCUUCAAAUAAUAAUGAAGGGAGUCAAGUUGUUCUUGAAUCUCUUCGAGGUCUUGAACAGUUGCUAUCAUUAAAAAUUGAUCAGCCAGUUAGUCCGAAUGUUAUUUUAUUACUUAAACCAUUUGUUGAAAAAGACAAUUGGAAAAUAAGACACGCAGCUAUUAAAGCUAUCGGAUCCCUUUCACGAGGUUGGAUGAAGUCAGUAAAAAACAAUGAUGAUGAUGUAACUGAUCAUCUUUUAGGAUGUAUUCCUUGUUUAACGAUAAAAGUAGAAGAUUCACAUGAAACUGUAGCUAAAGCAGCGAGAGAUUCACUUUAUGAUGCUGCGAACCUUUUACAAUGUGAGCCUCUUACAUUAACUCUUCGGAAUCAUCUGGCUCCAACGCAUGAAUUCAACGUAGAGAAUUUCUAUAAAGACCUGGUUAAUUGUUUAGUGCAAGAAUUACCUUCAAGAGCUGAAGAAUUGAAAAAUAACAUUGUUCGAGGAUACUCAAGAUCAGAAAAUAGUUCAAUCCGUUCAACUUCUGUCUUUAUUUUAGGAUUUUUUGGACUACCAGGACCAGAAGAAAUUCAAAGGAUGCUUCAGUUACUGCGUGAUAAGGAAAGUAUUGUUAAGCUACGGGCAGCUAAAGCUCUUGCUCUAGGUUUUACGGUCUAAAAUUUUAUUAUAAGUUCUUGAUUUUACAUUAAAUAAUUGACGAGCUCUAAAACAUUUGAAAAAAUUUAUCUAAAAAGUUAUAAAAUUAUUUAUUAUGAAGUUUUUCAAUACAUAAACUCAACUGUUGAAGUCUGUGAAGAAGAUGGCGCAUGUUAGAUUGCCCUAAUCCUACUCCAUCUCCAUCAACACCAUCCUGACGUUGACCGAGUUCAAAAUGUAGCCUUGCUAGUCGCUCUUGUUGUUCUCUUAUUUCGGUCAUUUGCUCCAUACUACAAUCUUUCCCUAUGAUUCAAUUUAGUAUUUUGUUAAUUAAUUCUAUAAAUUAUUAGAAAAAUAUUUAAAUAAAAUAAUUAUUACCAAAAGCUCGUAAAUUUCCACUAUGAAAGUCUUCUAGAAGCUGUAAAAGGGCUUGCUCCAUUCUACGCACAUCAGGUACCUCUGACAAAAAGUAAUGAUGCUUGCAUGGUACAGAGACUGAUGGGGCUUUGUUUUUUAAUGUCAAAAAUAAAAUAAAAUGUGCAAUUAAAAUAAAAUCAAAUAAUCAUACUGAUGAAAAAAAAAUAUAAAAAAUAAAAGAAUUAUGUUAAAAAAUAAAGUGCAAUUAUAAAUGAUAUUAUUCUUUAAUAAAUAUAUUAAUUUUAUGAAAAUAAUAAAUUAUAUUAUUAAAAUAUCAAAAAAAUAUAUAUGAAAUUAUAUUUAUUUACCUCGGUGUUUGUUGAUUCUUGAAUGAUCUGAUUUAUUUAUCCUUUGCUUAUCUUUUUCAUUGACAUAAACUAGACGUGAUUGGUUAAUUCCAUGACUUGAUGAUAGAUUGAAGGUCUUUCCUGAUAUCAUGGAUCCUUGGCUAGUUGUUGCUUGGCCGGAACUUGUUUUACUUAUUAUAGGAGAUGUUUGCGUGUUAUUACUUUCCCAUAACACUUGCUAUUUAGAAAUACAUCAUUAUAAAUAGUCUAUUAUUUUGUAAACAAAAACCAGAUGAUUCAAUAAAACUUACUGAAGUAUGAGGAGUA